AUGGAAGCUGAAACCGAACCAAAGGAGGAGCCUGCUACUGAGGAACUGAAGAAGAUCAAGGCUCAGGAGGAGACUGAGAGUAUCACCAUGCACGCUCCCAUGAAGAUGGAAGAGCUUGAAGCACAACCCGCUCCAAACAUACAAGAGGAGCCUGAGGAUGAGCAACUUGCUCAACUUUUGGCAGUUCUCAGGAAGCUGCAAGUCAAUAUCACUUUUGCAGAGGUGUUGGAGAAGAAAUCCCCCCAUAUGGCCUAUCUGAAAACUGCUAUCUCUGACAAGACGGCUCUGAAAGGAGAUGAGACUGUGGUACUGACUAAGAAAUGUAGUACCUUAGUCCAAAAGAAGGUGCCUCCAAAGAUGCCAGAUCCCGGAAGCUUCCUUAUUCCCUAUACUAUAUGGACCAUCACGUUUGAGAAGGCAUUGUGCGACUUUGGCUCCAACACUAAUCUUAAGCCUCUCUUUGUAAUGAAGAAGCUGGGCAACCAAGGGGUGCAUUCCACCAGGAUCUCACUAGAGAUGGUAGAUAAGUCCCUGAAACUGGCAUAUGGCAUGGUAGAAAACGUUCUUGUAAAGGUUGAAGACCUUUACCUCCCUGCGGACUUCAUGAUACUUGACACUAGAGAGGACAAGGACAACUCCAUCAUCCUUGGAAGGCCUUUCCUAGCUAUUCCAAAGGCUUUGAUUGAUGUGGAAAAGGGAGAGAUGAUUCUGAGGGUUUGGGAAGAUCAUAUCCUGUUCAAGAUUCCCAACCCUCACUCUCUCUUAGAUAAAAGAGGCACCAAGAAGAAGGUACCCAAGGGCUAG